UGAUUGUGGGGGAAAUUGUUUCGUAAGAACUUCCAUUGCCCGGUAAAACACACGAAAAGUGUUUCGCAAGAACGAAGAUUACCUUGUUAAUUCGGUGAAUGUAGCGAAAAGCGGUUGCGAUUGCGUUUGUUUUUCCGUAUGGGACAUCUGGCGAAAAUCGGAGUCGGUUGGGCUAUCAUAAGCGUGAUUGGAAUUGGUGCGUUCGUAGCAUCGAAACAGUCCGUAGAUAAAAAUCGUUAUGAGAAUAUGAAAGUUCGCGAACGAAUGCGACAAUCUAACGUUGGUGAAUACGAAGUAAAAGAAGCGCGCCGAUUCGACGUUUAAAGGGUGGUGGAAAAAAAAAAGUACAAAUUUGACAAAAAUCUGUUCAUUGGCAUUGAAACAGCUUUAAAAAACAAAACAGCAAUCCUCUAAUCGUCGAGAAUCUUCGUGUUGCAUCCAGGUCGUGAAAACUCCAUCAAACCAUCAAA